GAGAAGAGAGAAGAAAAGAGGAGAGAAAGAGAGAGAGAGAGGAGAGAGGAGAGAGAGAGAGAAGAGGGGAGAGGAGAGAGAGAAAAAGAGAAGAGAAAGAGAGAGAGAGAGAGAGAGAGAGCAGGAGAGAGAAGGAAGAAGCGAGGGGAGAGAGAGAGAAGAGAGGGGAGAGAGAGAGAGAGAGAGAGAGAGAGAGAGACCGAGAGGAGAGGAGAAAGAGGGAGAGAGAGAUAAGAUGAGAGAGAAGAGGAAGAGAGAAGAAGAGAGAGAGAGAGAGAAGGAGAGAGGAAAAGGGAGAGGGGUGACGGCCGAGGACGGAGAGGGGAAGGGGGAGGGGGAGAGAGAGAGAGAGAGAGAGAGAGAGAGAGAGAGAGAGAGAGAGAGAGAGAGAGAGAGAGAGAGAGAGGGAGGGGUCGAAGAGAGAGAGAGAGAGAGAGAGAGAGAGAGAGAGAGAGAGAGAGAGAGAGAGAGAGAGAGAGAGAGAGAGAGAGACUUCGAGAACUGUUUACCCAUGCUAAGAGUCGCACAUACUUUCCAGGUGACACGACAGAAGUACAGGCUCGUGAGUGUGGCGCCGCAGAUGUCACACGAGCCUCCGAUCUGCCCGCGGUCUGUGAGAGAGUGAAACAUUGUGACGAUAUUAUUAGUGUGCAAUCACCCUGGACAACUGGCACUGGAUGUCUGCUCUAUAGAAUCUUGAGGACUACAUUCAACACUAAGGUAUACAGUGAUAUGAAUGAAAGCAAAGAAUUUGUGAAACGAUUCAUGUUCGUUCAUUACUCUCAGUGUCUGCGACAACAUGGAUUAAAUGCAUUUGUGACAGCAACUCACUCGUUCCCUUUUAUGGAAAUUAUACACCUUUUUAAGACCCUCUGA